AAAUACAGCUGCUCAAAAAGACUGAAUGCAAACUCAGCAAUGGCAGCGCUGUGAUGGUUUUAACUGGGACUAAACAGGGACGCUCGUCCCUGUCUCCUGUCUCUAAAUCACCUGUGAUGUCCAGUAUCUCCAUCUUGUCCACCUCAUUACAACUGAAGUAUGUUUCUCUGGGGGUGCUGGUACUGCAAACCACCUCCUUGGUGCUGACAAUGCGUUACUCGCGUACACUGCAGGCCGAAGGGCCGCGCUACCUGGCAUCAUCUGCUGUAGUGUGUGCUGAAGUUCUGAAGAUUGUUGCAUGCAUGCUGCUUGUCUUCAGAGACCACAGUUUCAGUGUUCGUGCACUGAAUCGGGUGUUGAAGGAGGAAAUAUUCAACAAGCCCCUGCUAACCCUGAAGUUGGCCAUUCCUUCAGGUAUCUACACCCUUCAGAACAACCUGCUCUAUGUGGCUCUGUCAAAUCUAGAUGCAGCUACCUACCAGGUUACGUAUCAGCUGAAAAUUCUUACUACAGCCCUGUUCUCCGUGUCCAUGUUGGGCAAAAGUCUCACCAUUUACCAGUGGCUCUCACUAGUCAUUCUGAUGACUGGAAUUGCACUUGUCCAGUGGCCAACUGAAGUUACAUCAAUCACUAAGCAGGAGGACCUGACUGCCAGCUCUCAGUUGAUGGGUCUGCUGGCUGUGCUUGUGGCCUGCUUCUCCAGCGGAUUUGCUGGCGUGUAUUUUGAAAAGAUCCUCAAAGAGAGCAAGCAGAGUGUCUGGGUCCGUAAUAUUCAGCUAGGUUUAUUUGGAUUGAUUUUUGGACUUGGGGGAGUGUUUGUGUAUGAUGGAGAAAGAGUGCGAGAGAAUGGACUCUUUCAAGGCUACAACGGUCUGACGUGUACUGUGGUGGCUCUUCAGGCUUUGGGUGGGUUAGUCAUUGCAGCUGUCAUCACAUAUGCAGAUAACAUCCUGAAGGGCUUUGCAACAUCCAUCUCAAUCAUUCUAUCCACCCUCAUUUCUUAUUUCUUGUUGGAAGAUUUUGACCCUACAAGUGUGUUUUUCCUGGGUGCCAUGCUGGUUAUCGCUGCUACGUUUCUCUACGGGUAUGAGAGCACACCUGCAGUCAGCCCUGCUAAAGUAUAGAAGACUGGACACAAGAUGAUAAACAACCCAAAUCAUCAGUGUCUGCUAAGAUGCUGUACUUCAGGACAAGUGAACCAGUGAUAUUGUAAGGAUGCUAUUAGAAAGUAGCACAGAAACAAACGCUCAACCAUCCAAAACUUGAAUUGUCUUCUUUAUCAUUUCAUGAUUAUCUGCACACUAACAUUAAAAAUGUAGAGUUAUGAAACCCAAAGUGCUUCAGACCUUUUAGAUUUUAGGACUGUUUGUUGCUUUUAGCAACAGGACUUUAAGGAAUUCAUUUGAAAAGUGUUUACAUAUCAUAAAGGGAUCUCUGUGACAGAGCCUUAUAAAUUCCAUUUGCUACAGUUUUCAUAUUUAUUUUCUGUGCCAUACAAUGGCGUAUUAACAAAAGGGAUUGUUUUACUUCUAUGUAUGCUUUGAGAAGCAUCAUUUUCUCAAAGCCAAUAACAAGUGUUUCUAAAAUGUCUUCCGGUCAAAGGCUGGUAAUAA